AUGUUGAUGUUACCGAUGGAAGCUCAGCAUCACUUUGCAAACAUCCGAUUUGUCUGUACCCAAACCAGGAUGAAACGAUUAUUCACCUGUAUUCUGAUAGUCAUGAUAUUCCUGUUUCUGUAUGUGGAGCAUUUGAGAUAUGUGACAAAACAAAACGUCAACAAGUACAUACAGCGAAUACCUAAGGACGAAUCAUUACAGGUUUUCUUCUACAACCGGCCACGUGACUUCAGUCUCGAUGUCUUCAAACAUUGUGACUUCGCCUGCCACAUGGUAGAUACGGGAGACUACAAUAAAAGCUAUGCUGUUGUGUUCCAUUCCGCCACACUGUAUAACCAACAAUCUCUUCAGAAACAAAAUGGACAUAUUUGGAUAUUUUAUACAUUAGAACCCCCACACCGUCACCCCUCGGCCAAUAAACUUAAAAAGUGGCACCGUCUGUUUAACUGGACGAUCGGUUACAGAAGAGAUGCAGACAUUUUAAACAUGUAUGGACGAUUUAAAACCUUACCUACUGAACGACAAAAUGAGAUGAAACAAAAACUAAACUUAACGGGAUGGAAAGACAAAACAGAAUACGCCGCGUGGUUUGUUUCUAAUUGUUUCGACAAUGCUAAACGAGAGGAAUACGUGAACAUGGUUAAAAAAAUCAUAUUCGUUGACAAAUUCGGUAAUUGUGGACCGAUGAAAUGUCCAAAGUCACAGGACACAGAAUGUCAACGAAUGCUUAAGGAAAAGUAUAAGUUCUACAUGUCUUUCGAGAGUGAGCUUUGUCGUGAUUACAUAACGGAGAAAAGUUUCAAGCUUUACUGGGAUUACACCAACACCAUACCUAUAGUUAGGGGAGGUAGUAAUUAUAGCAUGUAUCUGCCGUCACACUCUUAUAUCAGUACACGGAGUUUUAAGUCCGUGAGAGAACUGGCGAAGCGUAUGCUUGUUUUAUCUAAAGACGUGACAAACUCCACACAGUACUUCCAGUGGCAGACAAAAUACUAUGUUGACUCCGUGGCACAAGAGCCAUUUUGUGAACUAUGUAAGAAACUUCACGAUCCAAUGAAAUAUCAACGUGUGUACGAUAACGUAAAUGAUUGGUUAAGAGGAAGUGAGAAUAUUGAAAUAUGUCAAAAGAGCAAAGAUUUACACUAAAUGUAAAUAUACAAUAAAAAUCGUAUAACUAUUCCGUCCUUCUAAGCCUCGUGAUGUUAGGGACAUCAACAGCUACCUCGCCAGUAAUGUUAGGGACAUCAACAGCUACAUCGCCAGUGAU